AUGAACCGCGAGUUCGCGGAAGGCCGAGAGGGGUCUGCGCCGUCUCCCGCUGUGUUCGGGAGCGUUCAGGACGGACGAGCCGUCUGCGGUGGCGCCAUGCGGCCCGACAGGAUCGGCAAGCCACACGAAGAGCAACUGCAAGGUGUCCAUCGAGCCAGAGACGCCGACUGCAAGGAGGUGCCAGCGAGUCCCAUCGCCAUCGAAAGUCGUCGGGAGCCGAACCACAGCGGAGGCCCCCAGCAGAAACGGAGAGAAGAUCAGAGACAGCAGGAGCUACCGAGCUUCAGAGAGACUGAGUCUGAGCGGUCGGUCACCGGAGGUGGUAGUGGGGCGCUAGGCGCUCUACAAGAUCCGGAUAGGUCAGAUCCAGAGGGAAUGGCAGUACGAUGCCUGCAGCUCGAGCUCGAAAAAGUACGCCUACAGCUUGAAUGUGAACGCGUAGCCCUACGCAGAGCAGAGAUUGAGCAAUCGAGUAGGUCGCCUUCGAUGUCGGGAACGAACGACCGCCGCCAUACCGGCAUUGACGGAGUAGCACAAUGCGAUAAGAUGCUGAAGGCAUACAGGUUGCCGUGCGACGCGGAUGUCCCGAUGUGGUUCGAUGAGGUGGAAAAACUGUUUUCAUCCUUCCAGGUACCGGAAGAGAACCGAGUACACUUGAUAAUGCCUGCGCUGUCUGAGCGAGUCCGCUAUAUGCUGUGUAGCUUGAGUGAAGAGGAGUGUGUGGAUUAUGAGAUCGUGAAACGUGCGGUACUAAAUGAACUUAAGCUCACCCCAGCUGAGUACUUAGACAGGUUUCAAAAGGUGACGAAGAAAAGAGAGGAAACAUGGGCUCAGUUCGCUUCUCGGGCCAGAACGUACUUCGCGUAUUACCUGCAAUCUCGUAAUGCGGAUACUAAGGAAGCGGUUGCUGAGCUAAUGGUCGCUGACCGAAUGAAGGCGAGUUUGGGCCCGGAAGGUCUAGAGUAUGUUCUUUUGCGGGAGGGCGAAAAGUGGUUCAAACCUGUAGAGGUUGCUAAAGUUCUCGAGACUUUUGAACAGGCGAAAGGAAAGGGUCGAGCAACUAAGACGGUUGGAGUGCCAACUGCUCCGCCGUUAGCCAGGCAGACCGGCAUAGAAAAGGCCAAUGUAAGGUGCUACAUUUGUCGCGGUCAGGGUCACGUGGCUAGGGAUUGUCCUCAGGCCUCAAGUAAGGAGCAGCAGGCGAAGUUGACCACUGUGCCUAAACAGAGAGUCCACAAUGUCGCCAUUGUUGGUAAGUUACCGCCACCCGAGCAGGAAAGGGUGCUGAGUGCGAGGGUGGAAGUAUUCGAGCGAAGUGCUGGCUCGGGCCGGUCGAAACUGGAACUUAUCCCGAUCACGUGCGGUGGCAUAACUACUGAAGCUGUGCUGGACACAGGCAGUGAAAUAACGGUGAUACGUGAAGGGAUACUUCCGCAAAGGGUAAAGGAUUCAUCGGGCGCAGUAAGGCUCCAGUCGGCGUUUAGAAAAACCAUCCAAGCAACUUUGGCUACAUUGCCAAUAGCUUUAAACUACCCGGGAGGGGUGGGACAACCACAGAAGGUUGAUCUGGUGUGUGCUAUUACUGACCAGCUCGCGGAUGGAGUUAACUGUCUGCUGUCAAAAGAGGAUUGGGAGUUACUGCAUGCACAGGAAGACAAUGGGAGUGAACGGGAAAGUGUUACGCAUGUCGAGGACGAAGAGUUUGGUGACGUGGAGUACGCGCCACAGGCGCUGCCUACUGCAGAUAGAGAGAGUGUGAUACCCCCCGAAAAGCUGGAUCACUUGCGUCCUGACGCGCGGAAGGAGAUUGAGAGGGUAUUUCAGAAACAUCGCUGUGUUUUUGAUGGAAAGCCUGGGAUGGCUCAGGCCUCUCCUUUCUACAGCGAUGUGAAGCGUCGGGGCGCAGCGCCACAUCUUUCGGCGGCUGCAACGGCCACACGUAGUGUGACUGCAGUCACGCCAUCCGCGCCCCUGGUUGGAGCAGCAAGUGCUGUUCCGCCCCUUGCCAAUGAGGGCCAGCAGACUACCACGUCUGCCGGACCCAGGGCCACUGCUUCUGCAGUUAGGCCCGAAAAACCCGGAAAUGUGCCUCCUGAGCUGGCGCUAUCUACCUCCUCAGAAGUAGGGAUGGAUACCUCUAGCUCUACUGCGGCGUCUCAGACGCCCAAAGAACGUCGAUGCUCACUCGAGCGCAUUAGGAAAGAAAAACUCCGCAUCAUGGGGCCUGACACGGUGUCGUGA